AUGCCCAACAACCGCGUUACCUACCGCCGCCGCAACCCCUACAACACGUCGUCCAACCGGACACGUCUGAUCAAGACCCCCGGCGGCGACCUCCGUAUCCUUCACAUCAAGAAGCGUGGCACUGCCCCCAAGUGCGGUGACUGUGGCAUCAAGCUCCCGGGUGUCCCUGCUCUGAGGCCCCGCGAGUACGCUCAGAUCUCCAAGCCCAAGAAGACUGUCCAGCGCGCGUACGGUGGCUCAAGAUGUGGUAACUGCGUCCGCGACAGGGUUGUCCGUGCUUUCUUGAUCGAGGAGCAGAAGAUUGUCAAGAAGGUGCUCAAGGAGCAGACCCAGGGCGACAAGAAGAAAUAG